AAUUCACGACGCUCACAAUGUGAUUGGAAGAUACGGUUUGAAGCAGGUCAUAUUGCAUGCCUACCUAGAUCCUUUCGAGAGUUGUUGAAAGUGAAAGUUGGAGUAGGGAGCUGCAUGGUAUUAUGCAUGAUCUAGUCCAUCUAUAUCACACCCACAGUGUGAGGCGCACUGUGGACUGAUCUGCACGCUCCCUGAUAGUAUUAUUCUUGUGUCCUCGCACGUCUUAUUCUCAGUCUGACAUUCCCUAUUUUUCACGAACAUCUCACGCUAAUUCCAAUAUGCGAAGAGCUGCAUGAAGUGGGCAUGUAAUUUCCUGAUGCGCAUUGACCAACUCUGUAAAUCACUAGUAAUUUGCGCGUCGGUGUCAACUGCCAUACUGCACCGAUGUGAAAGCAAAAACACGACUCACUGUGCACAGAAAGAAGAUCUGUAUACAGCAGUCCAAGCUGUCGCAUUGUUUGGAAGAGGUGCACCACGUGCGACAUUUAUCGGUGCUAGCCUCAUCACUGGUAACGGGGGUGGCAUAGGUUGAUGAUGCUAGAGCAGUAAUGACGGCGAGGACGAUUGCAGAGAAACGCAUUGUUUGCGACUCGUGAUAUGGGAUCAGGUAGUUCUGAAGGCGAUAGUAGGAAGCCGGCUGGCUUUUAUAUUCUUCUUUGGAAUCCCUGUUGCGUGAACAUGCGGAACUGCUUGAGCACUCGCAUUUCAGACCAGAGUCAUCACCAUGUGCAACCACGUAUAUAUCCUUAUGGCUAAUAACCCCCAAAGUCCGAUACUAGUUCCAUUCACCUUCAUUCACCUCCCACGGAUCUCGUUCGAAACACCACAGCAUUUAUUUUGGACGGACUUGCAGCAAUCAACAGAGCCGCUUGAGAGAGCAUCGAUGAACCUUGC